CUCCCUCCCCGCACAUGUCGCCCGUCAGUCACUACAGGAUCAGCAGCCUAUCGGCAUGCAAAAGUCAGACCUGCUCGGCAGUCACUGAGAAACAACAACGGCCUAGUAUCACAGAGAACAGGAAAGAAGAGGAGAGUCUGCAGUCGGAGGUUUCAUGCUCGGCUCGACAUGCCACCUAACAUGGAUUAUUUCUACCACGAGUCCCGAGUCCCCUCAGCUUGCGGGUUGACCCGGGAGGACGAGCUGGAUCCGGAGGUCAUCAGCUGUAUGCUGGUCGGAGAUGGAGCUGUGGGGAAGACCAGCAUGAUAGUCAGCUACACCUCCAAUGGAUAUCCGGCAGAGUACCAACAGACUGGUUUUGAUGUCUUCUCUGGUGAGUUUACUUUGCUGUAUUUGUUCGUAGUAAUCCUUGACAAUAUUCAAAAAGUUGGCUGUUGUCUUCAGAUUAUCUGCUCACACAAAGUUCAGACUUUAUACCAAUAAAACCUUAUCUUUUAACAGCCUUUCUGUAAUUUUUGAAGAUGACUUUUACAUACUACUUUAUAGUUUCAUGCUCAAAAAUUAUAGAAAUGGCAUACAUAUGCUUGAAAAUUAGAGCAUUUGCUAUGAUUCAGUAUUAAAAUGUGUGAAAAUAGACUUAAAAGCUGUAUUUGUCACUAUUUAAAGAAUGACAAGCCAUACAAUGUGAAAUUAAUUGUCAAUAAACCUAUAUGAAGAGAUUUUAAGCUGUGGCUACUUACAGUCGAGAACUAAAAUAUUCUAUGGAGAGUUUAAAUUGUGUCUGAAAUGUGUCUUAUAUCUCUGAUAUAAAGUGAGCCCAACUUAAACCAACUUCUUUGUCCACAGGCCAAGUCCAGGUAGAAGGAUCUCCAGUCAAAGUUCAGCUUCUGGACACUGCUGGACAGGUAAGAUUGCUCCUAAUUUUAAGUUUUUAACUGGAUGUUGCACAGUCAAGCUUGUUCUCAACAUUUAUUUACUCCGUAGUUUUAAAGUCACAUCAGUUUUUCAUUUGUUGUUGAGCUCAUGUUUCCAUUUGGUAAGCAAAAUCUCGCUGAGUAAAUCUCUGUUGUUUUCUUGAGGGGUUUUAAUGUUGAGAAAGAUGAUGAUUUAUGAGGGUACAAACUGUGCCACAUCAUUGCUUCAUCCAAUAUGUGACUCAGUAACAAGAUUUCAUCAUGUGCAGCAUCUUAAUGUGUGACUGAUCUUUUCCUUGACUCUGCGGUGACUCAGUCCCUUUCACUCCAUCACGUCUGCACAUAUUUCAAUUGACACAUCUUUUCUCUGUUUCUGCUCUUUCAGGAGGAGUUUGAUGAAUUCAGAGCUCUGUCCUACGCUCACACAGAUGUCUUCCUCCUGUGCUUCAGCAUGGUCAACCCCACUUCAUUUCACAACAUCACCAAAAAGUGGGUCUCUGAGAUCCGGGCUCAUAACCCCUCCUCGCCAAUCGUUCUUGUCGGGACGCAGUCCGACCUCUUACUGGAUGUGAACGUCCUCAUCAACCUGGACAAAUCUAACGUCAAGCCCAUCCUGAGCUCCAGAGCCAGGAGCAUGGCGGACAAGAUCAGGGCCACGGACUACAUCGAGUGUUCAUCACUCACUCAAAAGAACUUGAAGGAGGCGUUCGAUUCGGCCAUCUUUGCCGCCAUUAAGAACAAAGCUCGCAAGAACAAGAAGAGGAGGUUUUCUGACAGGCGCACCAAAGCUUUCUCCAGGUGUAGCUGGAAGAAGUUCUUCUGCUUUGUCUGAACUUAUGAAUAGACUCUAAACCCUGUGGGUUACGGACAAAACUCUUAUUUAUUUAUACUAACAGGUUAACAGGACUCUUCAUUCUCAGCCAACUUACAUACUCAGAUUCUGAUCAGAAAGCAGAAAAAAUUGGUUUCUUUCACUUGGGGAUGCCAAAUGGCGCAGGAAAGUAAAACACAAGCAAAGUGACAACAAAGAGAGGAGUCUGGUUUCACUCCGUUCAGCUGUGUUUACAUUAUAUUCUAAUGUGUGAUGUUCCAGGGUUGCAUAAAAACAUAUUUUACAUGUUAUAUAAUUGAUGUACAGGCAAUUUUUUUGCACCACUGUUGAGCCAUUUGUUAGAAAAGUCCAGAGAAUUGAGGUCAAAGUUAGGAAACAUAACACAAACUAUACAGGCCCAUUAAAAGCGCAGGCAGUCAUGUAAAUGUGGUCCAUUUGCAUGCUGUGCUUUGCAGGUUUCAAUGCAAGUGAGAGAGACAGAGAGAAACAGAAAGUGUCCACACUCUGUUUGGACACAUGGGCGUUAGCUACUUCUCUGUUGUAUUCUCGCUGUCUGGCUGCACCAACCUAUUUAUAUGCAGCAGCUGCAAGUUCAUGUUGCAGUGCGAGAUACCACAUUCUCACCUGUGUGUGAAAGCUCCAAGACUGGUGUAUCCUUAUCUAAAAGUUAGUCUCAUCACCGUGGAUAUUUUAAGAGCUGAUCUGCAGAAAACAAACACAGCAUUAUGUUUUGUUUAGUUUUUUUCUGACAAAGCAAACAUAGAUUUAUUUCCUGUAUCUUAAUUCCCAGGAACUUGAUUGGAAACCCUCUUGCCUGAGCUUAAAAAGGUUGCAAGGGAGCAGCAAUCAAUUGGCUUUUUGUGCCUUCCUCCCAUCAAUCUGCAUCUGUGAAAACUGGCACUGCAGGAGUCUUGACUUCCACCCUGCAGUCCCUCCCACCUGGCUUUUUUCAUUCGGCCCUCUUUGUUUGUAUGCUCAAUACACUCCUUAUCUCCUCAAUAGCCCUGUAUGCACAGAGUUAGAGCACGCUAAACGGCUUCUGUUUGAAUGUAAGUGGAAACCAAUACACUGUAUGAGAAGAAGCCUUGAGGGUCUGUGAUGCUUCAUAUUUUGCGUCCCAUUUUAUCUGGUGGAUAUAUAAGCGACCAGAAUCAUGGCUUUGCUUUGUUAUGCUUCUUGUGGAAGUCUUGUGAUGAUAUUCUGUUUGUUUAAAACAGGCCAUUCUUCAUGUUUUAUGUGUAUGAACUAUGAGAUGAGAUAAAACAUGGAUUUAAAUACCAUACUGUACUCCACAAACUGGUUUUGUUACAUUUGUAACCCUGUCUUUAAUCUGAACUAACCACCUCCUUCUCUCAUAUGUGUGUCUUUUUUACAUGUUGGAGGGAUGUGAUGCAAAUAAAUGAAGUGCAAGUUACA